AUGGUCCAGAAGACCAGCAUGUCCCGGAGCCCUUACCCACCCUCCCAGGAGAUCCCCAUGGAGGUCUUCGACCCCAGCCCGCAGGGCAAAUACAGCAAGAGGAAAGGGCGGUUCAAAAGGUCGGAUGGGAGCACGUCCUCGGAUACGACAUCCAACAGUUUUGUCCGCCAGGGCUCAGCGGAGUCCUACACCAGCCGUCCAUCGGACUCUGACGUGUCUCUGGAGGAGGACCGGGAAGCCUUAAGGAAGGAGGCAGAACGCCAGGCAUUAGCCCAGCUCGAGAAAGCCAAGACCAAGCCGGUGGCAUUUGCUGUGAGGACAAAUGUCGGCUACAACCCGUCUCCAGGGGAUGAGGUGCCGGUGCAGGGAGUGGCCAUCACCUUCGAGCCCAAGGACUUCCUGCACAUCAAAGAGAAAUACAAUAAUGACUGGUGGAUUGGGCGACUGGUGAAGGAGGGCUGUGAGGUUGGCUUCAUCCCCAGCCCCGUCAAACUGGACAGCCUGCGCCUUCUGCAGGAACAGAAGCUGCGCCAGAACCGCCUCAGCUCCAGCAAAUCAGGUGACAACUCCAGCUCCAGCCUGGGAGAUGUGGUGACUGGCACCCGCCGCCCCACGCCCCCUGCCAGUGGUAAUGAAAUGACUAACUUAGCCUUUGAACUAGACCCCCUAGAGCUAGAGGACGAGGAGGCAGAGCUCGGGGAGCAGAGCGGCUCUGCCAAGACUAGUGUUACAGAUAUGAUGCAGAAAGCUUUAUUUGACUUCUUGAAGCAUCGAUUUGAUGGCAGGAUCUCUAUCACUCGUGUGACAGCGGACAUUUCCCUGGCUAAGCGCUCAGUCCUCAACAACCCUAGCAAACACAUCAUCAUUGAGCGCUCCAACACACGCUCCAGCCUGGCUGAGGUUCAGAGCGAGAUCGAGCGAAUCUUCGAGCUGGCCCGGACCCUUCAGUUGGUUGCUCUGGAUGCUGACACCAUCAACCACCCAGCCCAGCUCUCCAAGACCUCACUGGCCCCCAUCAUUGUUUACAUCAAGAUUACUUCUCCAAAGGUACUUCAGAGGCUCAUCAAGUCCCGAGGGAAGUCUCAGUCCAAACACCUCAAUGUCCAAAUAGCGGCCUCAGAGAAGCUGGCGCAGUGUCCCCCCGAAAUGUUUGACAUCAUCCUGGACGAGAACCAAUUGGAGGAUGCCUGCGAGCACUUGGCCGAAUACUUGGAAGCCUAUUGGAAGGCCACACACCCGCCCAGCAGCACUCCGCCCAAUCCGCUGCUGAACCGCACCAUGGCUACUGCAGCUCUGGCCGCCAGCCCCGCCCCUGUCUCCAACCUCCAGGGACCCUACCUUGCUUCCGGGGACCAGUCGCUGGAACGGGCCACCGGGGAGCACGCCAGCGUGCACGAGUACCCGGGGGAGCUGGGCCAGCCCCCAGGCCUUUAUCCCAGCAGCCACCCACCAGGCCGGGCGGGCACCCUUCGGGCACUGUCUCGCCAAGACACGUUUGAUGCCGACACCUCUGGCAACCGAAACUCUGCCUACACGGAGCUGGGAGACUCAUGUGUGGACAUGGAAACUGACCCCUCAGAGGGCCCAGGGCUUGGAGACCCUGCAGGGGGCAGCACCCCACCAGCCCGGCAGGGAUCCUGGGAGGAUGAGGAAGAAGACUGUGAAGAGGAGCUGACCGACAACCGGAACCGCGGCCGGAAUAAGGCCCGCUACUGCGCAGAGGGUGGGGGUCCAGUUUUGGGGCGCAACAAGAAUGAGCUGGAAGGCUGGGGGCGAGGUGUCUACAUCCGCUGA